AUGUCGUCAGAUUCCGAAGCUACGGCCCAAGGCGACGACGCGACUCGUCGACCAACGUUGAACGAAACCAGCCCGAAGAUUCAACAGGAUGCCUCGACCUUGAGUGACAAAAUGUCCGAUUUAUCGAUCCAACAACAUGCUUCAUCUAUAAAAACUGUCGAGGAGGUAAGCCCAUCGCACACUGUCCCCACCAGCUAAGCGAGCCCUGCUGGCCGAUGGGGCCGUCGCCCUGACGUUCCACUCUUAUCAUACUCUCCUACUGCAGACUGCUCGACAGCCAAGCCAAUCCUUACAAUCUUCUGAGGCUACCGUUCGACCUCUUCCUCCUUUGCCGGCAUCGGUCGAUCCGCCCGCGACACCGCUUAAGAAUGAACCAGGACUUAACUCGCCGUUCCCUCCGCCGGCAAGCCCUUCGUCCACAAUAGCAUUGACUUCACCAGAUUCGACAGAAGCACGCUCGCUCUCGGUCGACCGAGAUGCAAGUGCACCCAAACAGAUCUCACCGCCGCCACCUCCGAUGUCGGCGGCGAGGAAGCCAAUCGCGAAACUGCCUCCACCUCCACCGAUGUCGGCUGCAAAAUUAUCCUCGGUGCCACCGCCUCCCCUAGCUUCGUCGAACCCGGCCCUUCAGCGCUUACCUGCACCCGGAUUUGGAGCUGGAGCACCACCACCGCUACGAGCAGCAUCUUCGGCAACAGCAUCCUCACCCCUUGCACCGCCGCCACCCGGAGGAGCGAGGUCGUACGCCGUCAUCGGGCCAGACCAAGGAUGGAACGACGCCCCCGAACUGGAUGGAGUGGCGCCUCGGACCGCAGCUGCAGCUCGCAACACGGCUUCGAGGAUGCGUGCGAGUCGGCGGGUAUACCCUGGCAGUGGAGCAUCGAUUUCACUGCCCCCUGCGGCAGUGUCACCAGCGAUACCGAGUCCUGCUGUCUUUGGCGCCGUCGGAGGCGCUGCACCGAGCGCUUAUGGAACUCCGGCACCUGCCCCUACAUCUUUGUCGGAUUACGACACCGCAAUCGCAUCAAUCACAUCUUCAUCCACCGCUUUGCCCCAGCUCUCACCUCCGCUGCCCGCAAGUGGGCCGGCGCUCGAACAGCAGCAGCAGCAGUCGAGCGAACAAGUCUUGUUCAGUGGUCGGUCAUAAGCCCCCUUAUGCAUUGCUCCGACGACGUGCAUUCAGGAGCUGAGUCGUAUGUCUUCAUACUUUUCAAUGGACACGCACUCGAUCGUUCCGGCUGUGUUGGGCGUUCGCUGGUGCUUCAGUCAAAGCUUUGUACGAGUAUUCGAGCGGGGUGGCGGGGGAUCUGAGUUUUGGGGCGGGGGAUGUGCUGCAGGUGACGGCCGUGGAGGUAAAUGGUUCUCUAGCUCGACUUCUCUUAGACGGUGUGCUAAUAUCUGGCCGCUCUGGUCGUCCUUGUUCAUGUAGGAGAGCGGGUGGUGGAAAGGCCGAUCCGGUUCGUCACAGCUUUUUAACGACGUAGUUUCGACGACACGAGCUCAUCGGACUGACACUCACAGGAGCCGUCGGACCAAGUCUCUCCAUUCCUUCAAAGUAAGCGGAACGGAGCCCAUCCUCGGCUGCGAAGAGUGUUUGUGUUGACAUCCUUUGCACGACCACCACCAGCUACGUCCAAGUCGUACUGCCAGAAUUCGAACCCAGCCUCUCUCUCAGCGAUACAUCCACCCCCUUCACCUUGUCGCCCUUCUCCGACCCUUCACCAUCCACAACAUCCACUACGCUUUCAUCCCAUUCCCCCGACCUUUCACCCCCAGCAUUACCCAUCUUGUCCUCCUUUACCGAAACGCAACUCUUAGAAAAGCUCGUCAAACGCCAAGCCGUGUCUUCAUUUCAAUCAUCAACUGCAAGCACUACAACAUCCAGCAUAGGUCCUGUACGACCCGGCGCAACAACGACGACAACAACAAUGUCCACCGCAGCGAAUCCUUAUGCUCGCCCCUCAACGACGUCCAGCUCGACCGAUCGACCAACAUUGGAGGACAUCAUCCGCUUCAUCCCCGACCCUUCGACGACAUCGACCCCUACCCCGAAGAAGGGUAAAUGGGUCUGCCGCCAAUGCGAAGGCAAGGAGCUGGCCCCUGGGAAGACGAGAAGGAUGGGCGAAUGGGCGGGGUGGAAGGCUUCACCGAGUGGGAUUUUGACCAAGGCUUGGGAACAUUGGGACAAGUACCAUGCUUUGACUGAUUGA